AUGUGUAUAUUUCUCCUGGUUGGAGCCGUGAAGUCACAGGUCAACCCAGCUGUGUGUAGGUACCCACUGGGGAUGACUGGAGGCCAAAUUCAGGAUGAAGAUAUUUCUGCUUCCAGCCAGUGGUCAGAGUCCACCGCAGCUCGAUAUGGCAGAUUGGAUUUUGAUGAUGGAGAUGGAGCGUGGUGUCCAGAUGUCAUGGCUGAACCAGACAAUCUAAAGGAAUUUCUGCAGAUUGACCUUCGCACCCUCCAUUUUGUCACUCUUGUUGGCACGCAGGGACGGCACGCAGAUGGAGUGGGCAAUGAGUUUGCCCAGCGAUACAAGGUUAAAUACAGCCGGGACGGCACACGCUGGGUCUCCUGGCGUGACCGGCAAGGUCGACAGAUCAUUGAAGGGAACAGUAACGCCUAUGAUGUUGUGCUUAAGGACCUGGAGCCUCCCAUUAUUGCUCGUUUUGUGCGUUUCAUGCCUGUGACUGACCCCUCUAUGAUUGUGUGUAUGAGGGUGGAGCUCUACGGCUGUGAAUGGCUCGAUGGUCUUGUGUCCUACAGCGCCCCUGCUGGCCAGCAGAUGUCUUUCAGAGGCCAACAAAUCUACUUAAAUGACACUGUGUAUGAUGGAGCCAUUAGUUACAGCAUGACAGAAGGCCUUGGACAGCUCACUGAUGGAAGCUGGGGUUUAGAUGACUUCACCAAAAGCCAGGUGUAUGGGGUCUGGCCUGGCUAUGACUAUGUGGGCUGGAUCAAUUCUAGUUUCCCUGGUGGCUCGGUGGAGAUGACAUUUGAGUUUGACCGCGUCAGAAAUUUCACGUCAAUGAAGGUCCAUUGUAACAACAUGUACACAUGGGGAGUAAAAAUGUUUCGACAGGCCGUUUGUUACUUCCGUACGGAUUCAGACUGGGAGCCCAAUCCUAUGGUUUUCAAGCCGAAAGCAGACAACAUCAGUCCAAGUGCUCGGUUUGUCACGGUUGCCCUUGGCAACCGCAUGGCCAGCACAAUUAGGUGCCGUUUUGCAUUCAAUUACAUCUGGAUGAUGUUCAGUGAAAUUGCUUUCCAGUCAGAUACAGCAGUGUACAACACCUCUCUUGUUCCUCGUAAACGUAAUCAAACUCCAGGGAUUCACCCAGGUAAAUGUGAUGAUCCCACCCACAAAAUCGAUGACAGCAGCACAAGGAUCCUGAUAGGCUGCUUGGUGGCCAUUAUUGUCAUUCUGUUGGCCAUUAUAAUAAUCAUACUUUGGCGACAGGUGUGGCAGAAGAUGAUUGAGAAGGCCUCUCAGCGUAUGUUGGAUGAUGAGCUGACCACGCGUCUGUCUGUUCAGAGAGAGGCCUUCACCCACCGUCACUCCUCUCUGUCCAGCGAUGUUGAGUCCAAUUCCACAUAUGAACGAAUUUUCCCCAUGGGAUCUGACUAUCAGGAACCAUCACUACUUUUACGGAAACUACCAGAAUUCCAGGCUACGGAAAACCUUGCAAUGAUCGAUGCCCCUUCCGAACCCUCUACGACCCACCCUACAGAUGAGGCCCCACACUACGCAGAGGCAGAUAUCGUGAGCCAGCAGGAAGCCGCUGGUGCCCACAGUUACCGCGUCACAGUGGUCAACAUGCCCUUAUCUCCAGGAAUGCUAUAUUCAGCCUACAGCAUAUUGAUCCGCAUGGCCUCUCAGAUUUCCUCGGGAAUGAAGUAUCUGUCCUCCCUGCAUUUCGUUCACCGUGAUCUCGCUACACGCAACUGUUUAGUGGGUACAAAUAACACCAUCAAGAUCGCCGACUUCGGCAUGAGCCGCAACCUGUAUCGUGGAGAUUACUACCGCAUACAGGGACGAGCAGUGCUCCCCAUCCGCUGGAUGUCCUGGGAAAGCAUCCUACUGGGCAAGUUCACCAUGGCCAGUGACGUGUGGGCAUUUGGAGUGACCCUGUGGGAGAUUCUGACCCUGUGUAAAGAGCAGCCGUAUGCCCAGUUCACAGAUGAACAGGUGAUCGAAAACACGGGCGAGUUUUUUAGAGACCAAAACAAACAGGUCUAUCUGCCGAAGCCACACUGCUGUCCUGAUUCAGUGCACAGCCUCAUGCUCAGCUGCUGGAAGAGAAAUGCCAAAGAAAGACCCACGUUCCUGGAGAUCCACAGCACACUGAUGGAAUACCAUGACUAAUUGAAAAUGUAGCUUUU